AUGAGCAACCCAGAGAACAUGCGGGGCAAUCCCAACUCCAAACCCCAAAACUCCAAUACCCCAGCCUCAGCCCCAGCCCCAUCACCCUCAACCUCAACCUCAAACACAUCCCAACCCCCUCCCUCCCCCGCGCCCCCCUCGCUAGCAACCCGCAUCCAAACCUCCGCAACAGGCCUAGCAAAAAGCGCCUUCCAGCCAAGCCCCGACCUAGCGCAGACCCUAGCAUCGAGCACAAGCAGCAAACAAGCCGGACCGCCCUCUCUCCCAAGCACACAGACAAGCAGGGAUCUAUCCACAACCACACCACAGCAUGGAGGCCCCAGUUCCAGUUCCGGCUCUGCAGCACAAUCCUUCCGCGAACCGGAUACAUAUACCUCGACGGGUGGAUUCGGUCUACCGGCAUUGACAGAAGACGAGUUCCAGAACACAUACGCAUACAAGCGAGAAACAGGCCUUCUAGGCACAACCAUGACUCCAACCACAACCACAUAUACAAACACAACCGACACUACCCACGAAGACCUCCAAACAAAAGGAAAAGCCCGCGCCCACGACCCAACCCAGCACCAGCUCGAAUCCGUCUGGCAGCGCCAAUCGCACGAGCCACACAGCCAGGAUACAUAUACAUCGCUGACAUCGCCGGAAGACGGGUCAGCGGUCAUCUCGCUGCUCUCGGACGUAACCUUCGAUCCGAAUUUCGAGGACCCCGCGACGGUGCCAGAUACAGAGGUUGAUAUUGCUGCUGCGCCGGGUCCGCUGUCUGCGGCUGAGCGGGAGGCGCUGGAUUCGUUCCGGAAGGGGAUGGGGCUGGAUGGGGACGAUAAGGGGCGGGUGGGACGGUUAACGGGUGCGAGUCUCGUGCCUGAUAUUGAUGUUUUUUUGAGCCAGGGACUUGGAGGGAAUGUUUCGACGUCGGCUUCGACUUCCCUUCGUGAUGCGGUUCUGACGAAUCUUCCUGGUGCGGGGGAUUGGAUUGGCGUUCAGGAUAGGUAUCAUGAUGAGGUUUGGGGGUUUUUGCAGCCUGUGCUUGAGGAUGCGAGGGCUGAGAUUGAGGAGAAGGGGGAGGGAUUGGGGCCUGCGGAGGAUGGGCCUGCUGUGAGGAGGUUGAGGAUGAUUUUGAUGCAUAUGAAGGGGUGA